UCGAUUUAUUUCUCCCACAUUUAGAACAAUAUUGGUGUUUUUUUGUUUUUGCCUUGUUGUGAUCAACAAUUGUUGUUUAUCCGCCUAUUCCACGUGUUUCUUUUCUUUUUUUCUUCUAUCCUUACAAAUAUGUCAGUGAAUCUGGAGUUGCGUCGAGGUCCGACCACACCCCGGGGGGAUGAUCUUACACGGCUCUAAUGGUUAAAGGUGGAGCGGCUUUGCGCGCAGGACGCACCGGAUGCGGCCAAAGGAGCUGGACAGCAGGUGUCGGUGCACCUAAUUUACAGUUCAGUUGCUUUCCUAUUGAAUCCAAACGAACCCUAACAUCAACGAAGCUUUCUUCCUGCUGUGCUUUUUUAAUACUUGGAGACUUGGAUUCAUUCUUCUUCCACUGCACAUAAACCGCUGACCGUCAUGGUGGAUGAGCAGAAUAUUACUUCCUCUGCGUGCUUCAGCAAAUGAACGCCACUCUCUGUAACUCUGCAGUGACCAUGUAUCACCUGACUACUGACUAUGAACUUAACGCCAGCUGCAACUGCUCCUCGCCCCCCUACAACUGGACGACGGGGGGCAAUGCCCUGCAGCUGCCCACUUUCACCACGGCAGCCAAAGUCCGAGUGAUCAUUACUUUCAUUCUCUGUGGCAUCUCAGCCUUUUGCAACCUGGCUGUGCUGUGGGCGGCGCACAGCGAUGGCAAACGUAAAUCCCAUGUCAGGGUGCUGAUAAUCAACCUGACGGUGGCUGACCUGCUGGUGACCUUCAUCGUGAUGCCUGUGGAUGCUGUGUGGAACAUCACAGUCCAGUGGCUCGCUGGGGACUUUGCCUGCAGACUAUUGAUGUUUCUUAAGCUGCAAGCAAUGUACUCCUGCGCCUUUGUCACUGUGGUGAUCAGUUUGGAUAGGCAGUCAGCCAUCCUCAACCCCCUGGCUAUCAAUAAGGCCAGAAAGAGGAACAGAGUCAUGCUGACUGUGGCGUGGGGUAUGAGUGCUGUGCUGUCGGUCCCUCAGAUAUUCCUUUUCCACAAUGUGACCAUCGUCCAACCCCAGAACUUCACUCAGUGCGCCACGCAAGGAAGUUUUGUCAGUAAAUGGGAUGAAACGGCCUAUAACAUGUUCACUUUCUCCUGCCUGUUCCUGCUGCCACUGGUCAUCAUGAUCACCUGUUACACCAGGAUCUUCUUUGAGAUCUCCAAGCGACUGAAAAAGGACGACUUAUCCUCAAACGAAGUGCAUUUGCGGUGUUCGAAGAAUAACAUUCCCAGAGCACGGAUGAGAACUCUGAAAAUGAGCAUUGUGAUAGUUUUGUCUUUCAUUAUCUGCUGGACUCCAUACUAUCUGCUGGGCCUGUGGUACUGGUUCCUCCCUGAUGACCUGGAAGGAAAGGUCUCCCACUCAUUGACCCACAUCCUGUUCAUCUUUGGACUGGUCAACGCCUGCCUGGACCCAGUCAUCUAUGGUCUGUUCACCAUUCGCUUUCGAAAGGGGCUCCGGAGGUAUUACUGCAAUCCUCCCGCGACAUCUGAUCUGGAUAAUAACACGGUAAUAACUGGAUCUUUCAUCUGCGCCACCAACUCCUUCCCACUGAAGAGAGAGGUGAGCCCUGCCAGCCAGGAGAGGUUCAUGUUGUGCAGUGAUAAUCACAGCAAAGCGGAGUCCAUGUCGCCAAGAAGCAGCUUUUUAACAGCGGACAAUGAUGCAAAGAGUGAUCCCAACCAGUCCAACCCUGAUAUUAUCAUAUGAGGAGAAUACAAGGUGGAGGCUCUCUGACAAUUUUUACUACUGUUGAAUAACUUUUUCAUUUAUUCUGUGUCUGACUGAUGUGUGGGGUCCUUGAUUCUUUAAAUAUAUAAUGUAAAUAAAUAAUGUGUCACUAUGGCUUACUUUACAAAACUUUACAUGCCUCUGUACAAACCACAAAGACCAAAAAUCAUGACAGCCAUUAAUUGGAAAAUACAGAACCUUAGAUUUAGGGAUUAGGGAACUUCAUAAAGUAAAUACACUUAUUGUACUACAUGGACAUAUCAUACAAACAUCAUACAUGGACUUAACAUGAGCGUCUGUUAACAAGGAAUGUUUAUUGUAUGUGCUCUGUAAAUUGUAAUGUGGUUAUCUUGAA